AUGAAGUCGUCCGAGUUCUACACAGCCAUCUGGCUGAACGCCCUGAUCGGCGCGAUCGUUCUCGCGCUGUUCGUGUGGCUCCGGAAGAUCGACGCCACGCACCGGUUCUACAACGCGCGCCUGUACAGCACCCGGGUCCACAACAAGCCCCGCAAGCUCAUCAACUCGGUCUACCCAUGGAAGUGGAUCGUCCCGCUGUUCCGCAUCACAGAGGACGAGGUCAUCGACACGGCGGGUCUCGACGCCGUGCUCCUUCUGCGCGCGAUGCGCUUCGGGAUCUACCUCUUCGCGAUCCUCUCGUUCUUCGGCCUCGCGAUGCUCAUCCCCGUCGACGUCACCGCGGACUACGUCGCGUUCGUGCAGAACCAGCGCGCCAUCAACGCGCCCGGGUCCGACGAGCUGCCCAUCCUGGAGGACCUCGACGAGCUCAACAUGUCGAACGUCCGCGUCGGCUCCAAGCGCCUGUACGCCCACGCGGCCAUGGCCUGGAUCAUGACGCUCGCCGUGUUCUACCUCGCCAACUGCUUCCACAAGGACAUGGUCGCGCUGCGCCUGCGCUUCCUCGCGACGCAGCCGCCCUCGGGCUCGACGCACGCCGCGCUCCUGCGCGACAUCCCCGGCACGCGCGCCGGCACCAAGCCCGUGCGCGCGGUGCAGAUCAUCGACGAGGUCCUCUUCUUCCUCCCCGGGUGCCUGAAGCGCCCGAUCCUCUCGCGCGCCGACGCCGUGGUCCGCAAGAUGGACGAGGUCGCGCAGGAGCAGAUCCGCAAGGCCAAGGCCGGCAUGGCCCGCCGCAGCUCCCGCAAGGCCGGCCUCACCGACUGCGAGAACGGCGAGUGCACCGUGGAGCUGUCCCGCAAGGGCCGCCUCCAGCGCGCGCUCGACGGCGAGGCCAACCCGGCGCUCUACAUCGGCCGCACGCAGUCCGCCGCGGUCCCCGCGCUCAAGGGCGACAUCGAGUCGGGCGGGGGGGGCUCGAACACCGAGACGUCGCAGCCCGGGUCGGCCACGCCGCCGACGAAGUUCGCGGUCGUGGAGGACCCGAAGACCGGCGUCGCGAAGGUCGUCAAGGUGGACGACCCGUUCAAGGAGCUCCCGCGCAUCCACGACGUCCGCGCCGCGGUGGACGCCGACGCCGAGACGGCCGAGUUCUUCGCGUACGCCGAGGCGCGGGACCGCCCCGUGACGUUCGACGAGUCGGUCGCGGUGCCGUUCAAGACGAUCUUCGGCGACCUCGUCGACGCGGUGCACCCCGUCAAGGACUUCACGCGCGCCCAGGCGCUGCUCAACGAGUUCAGCGCCAUCAAGGCGCGCGCGCAGCUGACCGCGGACGUGUACCACACGACGAUGGCGCGGCAGCGCGACAUCAAGCACAAGUUCGUGAAGCCGCGCGGCGUCUUCGGCGGCGCGGCGCCCACGUGCAAGGCCGACGCCGAGUGGCUCAACGCCACGUACGGCGAGAAGACCAAGCCCAAGGUUGAGAGCCUCGAGUUCUUCGCGGCGCGCAUGGAGCGCCUGAAGGCGCUGCUCGACGAGGAGCGCGUCGCCGUCGUCAAGAAGGAGGCCCCCGCGGCGUUCGUCACCUUCAACAAGCGUUGGGCCGCCGCCGUGGCCGCCGACGGCAUGGUGCACCCGGACCUGCGGAACUGGACGACGGACCCGGCGCCGGAGCCCGAGGACGUGUACUGGCACGCCCUGCGCCUGCGCGGCUGGGAGCGCUUCCUCCGCUCCUGCCUCGUCAACGGCACCAUCGCGCUGGCCAUCAUCUUCUUCUCGAUUCCCGUCGGGUUCAUCCAGGCCCUGCUCGCCGUCGAGCGCUGGGAGAACGUCGUCGUCCUCAAGAGCAUCGUCGGCGUCGACGCGAUCCGCAAGUUCCUCGUCGGGUUCCUCCCCGGCCUGGCCAUGGUGAUUGUGCUCGCCGUGCUCCCGCCGCUCCUGGCGCUGCUCGGGAAGAUCCAGGGGCUCGAGUCCUUCAGCCGCAUCGACGGCUUCGUCGUGUCCCGCUUCUUCCUCUUCCAGAUCCUCGUCGUCUUCUUCAUGAACGUCGGCGCCGCGGCCUUCUCCGAGCAGAUCGACAAGAUCUUCUCCGACCCCGGAAUCAUCCCGGACCUGCUCGCGAACAACGUGCCGUCGGCCUCGGACUUCUUCCUCUCGUACACGCUCGUCCGGGGCGUCCUCCAGCCCUGCCUGAAGCUCCUGAACGUCCCGAAGCUGGCCAUCUACUUGCUGCGGCUCAAGUUCGCGCCCACGGAGCGCGCGAAGCAGGCGGUGAUCGAGUCGAGCAACCGGAAGCUCGGGCCGGUCCUGCCCGUGCUGACCAUGGCGUUCUUCCUCGGGCUCGUCUACGCGCCGCUCAACGCACUCAUGUGCGUCGUCACCCUGAUCUUCUUCUGCAUGCACUUCAUCGUGCUCAAGUACCAGACGGUCUUCAUCGACCACGGCACGUACGAGACCGGCGGCCGCCUGUGGCCCACCAUCUUCAACCAGAUCAUGAUCUCCCUCCUGUUCGGCCAGCUCGUGACGCUCGGCGUCCUGGGCCUCAACGAGGCCGGCGGCGCGGCCUCCAUGUGCAUCCCGCUGCCCAUCAUGGCCGCGGCCUUCUGGUACUACCAGACGAAGCUCUACGCAAAGCCUCUGUCGAUCUUGUCGCUGAGGACCUGCAUGGACCUGGACGAGGUGCAGCGCGUGGACCGGAACCUCGAGGCCGGCGGCAAGGUCCUCCGCGACGGGUUCUUCCGGCACCCCGCGCUCAACAUCACGCACGACGACUGCGACGCCGUCAUCGCCGAGUGCAAGGAGUGCCUCGAGCACGUGCGCGAGUACGAGCGCAUGCGGUCGCCGGACUACGAGGAGGACACGAACGCGGAGACGUACAACGCGGCGGAGAAGGACGACGCGCUCGAGCAGCGCCGCGAAGCGCGCACCGACGGCGACGACUCCGCGUGA